UUCCCCUCCCCCUAGCUGAUUCCUAUACAGGUAUGCCGUCUUCAAAUUUCAAAGUGAUCAGCUGGCGGAUACCACUGUAUUUACACAUCCGGCUUCUUUAUUAGUGACCUCAAUUCUCAUCGCCUCCAAUCAAAAGCGUCUCGUCUCCAUAACUGCGAUAUCGCUAGGAACGCUCAGGAUCUCCUCUGCGUGUCACCGGCAACGCAACCGGCCCGGUCGAUCGAGCUGGUGGCGAGACCUGUGCAUGCACUGCGGAUUUGACACCAGUGCUGGGACUUGGAAGCCAACUCUAGCUCUAUCGAAGGAAGGAAAUAUUUAUUUGCGUGAUGGUAUGUUUGUGAUGAUGAUCAUACAUGUAUUGGUAACAAACUUACCGAGUAUGACUUGAUUUCUUCAAAGUGCAUGUCAGGCUUCAAUAUCAGGAAAUCCAUCAGACCAUCACCAUGUAUCAUCAUACUAGUCCCAGAGGUAAUGAAAACAUGAGCUUCAAGACUCCGAAGACAUUCCAUGCUGGUGUGAGGGUAACAUCCCCUACACCCUCCAGAGCAGAGUCUAUGAUGGAAGAACUGGGAUUUGAUGACAGUGACCUCCUUAGUGACGGAGACAGCAGCGAUGGAAGCUAUGACGAGGCAGACAGUGGUGUCGGCACAGGGAAAAAAGCGAUGGUGUCCGAUGUGGAUGUUCAGGCUCUAAGAAAGGAAUUGAGACAGACUCAUCAGCAAAGAGAAGAACUUCUACUCAAGGUCAAGAAUUUCAGGGAGAGUUCCCAACAAUUCCAGGCCAGCUAUGAGAAGGAGAAAGCCAACAAGUGGCAACAGAUCAAGAUUUUGCGCAAGAGUCACGAAGCUCAUAUGCAAGAGAAACAUCAACUCAUAGACAGUCUUCAGGAUAUCAUUAGAGACCAGGAAAAUAGGAUUCUUGAAUUGGAAGGAGGCGAAACAGGAGGCACAUCAACUCACUCACAAAGCAUCUCAAGUCGAUUGGAAGAGCUCAUUGAUGCCCUUGGCGAGCAGCAAAGUCAGGUGGCCGAAGCGAGAGAAAAACAGUUCACCGCCGAGGAGGCCUUGAGGCUGAUGCAACAGAAUGGGCAUGGUGGAGGCGGGGACCCUCAUCACCCCAGCCCUCGGGAUGAUGAAGAUGAUGAUCAUAAAGCAGUGAGGGGUAAACAUAGCAACCAAGCAUUAGAGUCGGGCCUGAGGCAGCAGCUGGAGGAGGCUAAUAAUAUGAUCAAACAGAUGCAAGAGGAGCAGAAGCAGCUCAGUGGGGUUACGGAUUAUGAGAAGGAGGUGGAGCAGUUGAAGGAAGAGGUUGGUAAACUAAAAGAUGAUUGCUCCAGAUAUAAGAAGGAGGCUCAGCACCAGGAGCAAGUCAGGAGGAGGGAGUCCAAGUCACUCAAGCAAUCAGAGAUUGAGAAGCAGCAGCUUCAGAAACAGAUGACCAGAUUACAGGCAGAGAUGGCCGAUAAGAUGAAAGAAUUAGACGCAUUAUCAGCUAAACAGUCGGAUGCUGUGAAUCAAUCAGCUGGUAUGGUUGAAGACAUGGAAAGGAUGAAGGAUGAGAUGAAGAAACAGAUCCGAGACUUGGAGUCCCAGCUGAGAGAGAAAGAGAUUGAGCUAAGAGAGAAGGAGAACCAGAUUGCUGAAUUAGAGGCUUAUAAAGACAAAGCACAGAUACUGGAAGUAGAGGUCUCGAAGCUGAACAAUGAACUCUUUGAUACAAAACAGUCAUCAGAUACGGCUCUUAUGGCAUCUAAGGAUGGACAUCUCAAAGAAAUUAAGAAAUUGCAAGCUGCCAAUAAGUCCAGUGCUAAGCGGAUCAAGGAGCUUGAAGAGAAACUUGCCAAGGAGUCAGAGAAUCUCCUGGACUCUGCUAAGAAGCAGCUCCAGGCUCAAGAAUCCCUGGAGAAGGAGCUGAAUGUGAAGAGUAGCGAACUGGAGAGAGUCCGGGAGGAGUAUGAAGAAUUGAAAGCCAAUCCCAAGAUUGUUGAGGUUGAAAAACGAGUGGAGGUGGAAUCUGAGGACGCUAAACGAGCCUUGCUACAGUUCAAACUGCAAAAUAAUAAACUUAAGAAAGAUUUAAGUUCUCUGAAAGAAACCCAUGCAGACACUGAGAAACAACUGGAAGACUCCAAAAAUGAGGUUGAUUCAAUCGUACAAAAGCUUGAAGAAAGAGAGCAAGAGAUGGCUGAAGUUCAGCAACAGAUGGAGGAGGAGAUGAAAUGUUUAGAAGAGACCAAGGAUGAAGAGAUCCAACGCACCAAACAAAUGGCAGAACAGGAGACCAGUUUCAUCUUUCAGAAAUACUCCUUGAUGAGGACCAGGUUUAAUCAACUGAGACCUGGACUACUGAUGAUAGCCCAGGAAUAUCAGCAGCUCAGGUCCAUGUGUAGCCAGUUCCCUCUCAUGCUUAGUAAGGCCAUCGAAGACACUAAGAAUGAGAUUGGUGCAAAACUCUCCAAGGUUGCCAAGCACAAUGAAGAACUCCACAAGAAAUACCAGAAGGAACUCCUGCUGCGUAAGAAGUAUCACAACGAACUCAUCGACCUGAAGGGGAAUAUUCGCGUCUUCGCUCGCGUUCGCCCUCUCAUCAAAGAAGAUGGAGGAGGUGCGAAUGCCAAGUCUGUGGUCACAUUCGACGAGGAUGAUGAUGGUCUUUUGAAUUUGGUCAACAAGGGGAGAUUGUCUACAUUUGAGGUGGAUAAAGUAUUUAACAUGGCAUCUACUCAGGAAGAGGUGUUUAAAGAGGUUCAACCAUUGAUCAUCUCAAGCGUCGAUGGUUACAAUGUAUGCAUCUUUGCUUAUGGACAAACAGGGUCAGGGAAAACAUUCACAAUGCAGGGACCAUCAAAGAAUCCCGGAAUCAACCAGCGUGCUCUCAAGUUACUAUUUGAAGACACAGCAUCACGCUCAGAUUAUUCUUUUACCAUCACUGUGUCUGUCAUGGAGAUCUAUAAUGAAAUGCUCAGGGACCUUUUGAGUGAUGAUCCGUCCAACAAGUUGGAUGUGAAAAUGUCAACAGAGGGCGGGCUUUAUGUUCCUGGACUCACAGAGGUUGAAGUCAGCUCCGUCGCAGAUAUCAAUAGGGUAUUUGCAACUGGUCACAAGAAUCGUGCCACAGCAAGCACAGACAUGAAUGAACACAGCUCAAGAUCACAUGCAUUACUGUGUGUUAAUAUCAUUGGAAAGAACAAAGCAUCCGGGAAGCGAACAAUAGGUAAACUCAACUUGGUAGAUUUGGCUGGUUCAGAACGAGUCAAUAAAUCAGGAUCUGGUACAGACACCCAACGGUUGAAGGAAGCUCAAAGCAUCAAUAAAUCCCUGUCGGCUCUGGGUGAUGUCAUCCAAGCCCUGAGAGCUAAACAGGGCCAUAUACCAUACAGGAACUCUAAACUCACUUAUCUUCUGCAGGAAUCUUUAGGUGGAGACAGUAAGACAUUGAUGGUAGUCCAGGUUUCUCCCGUCUCAAAGAACUCUGGAGAAUCUCACUGUAGUCUUAGCUUUGCUCAAAGGGUACGAAGUGUGGAGCUGGGAGCAGCAAGUAAGAGAACAGACACAGCUGAAGUAGCUGCGCUCAAGGAUAGGCUUUCGCAAUAUGAGGAUGUUCCGACAUCAGCAUCGUAUUCCACCCCUGCCAGGUCAAAGACUCCUACAUCAAAAACGCCAAGGGCGACACCAAGACGGUGAUCAAUGAAUACCAUACACCUCAUCAUUAGCAUCGUAUUCCAUCCCUGCCAGAAUAAAGAUUCCAACAUCGAAAACACCAAGGGCGAUACCAAGACGGGGAUAGAUGAUUUCCAUACACCUCAUCAUUAGCAUCGUAUUCCAUUCCUGCCAG